ACUGAGUUGAAGCCUUGAUAUUUGAACAGAAAACUCUGUUCCUGAGACUUUCCUUUUGUAGGAAAGUCUUUUAUCAAAGACUUAAUGUGGGAUGUUGAGGAACCUUUCUUCUUAAAUCUGGCAAAAGUGACCCAGAGGAAAUGCCAUCAGUUCCAUGUUUGCCCCUCAAGUACUUUUGCUCCACUUCUCACUAAAUCUUAAAAAAUCUGAGCAGAAGAAAUAAAAGCAGUGAUGAAAGGAGGAAGCAUGAGGACUGGAGAGAGGGAAUUGCCUUGCAGAACUGUAAUAGAAUAAUGUAGAAAUAGUAAGUUGGGUGUUGUUCACUUUUGGGUGAUACAAGACUGUGAUCCAGUUAAAAGCUAAUGUCCAUGAUUUAUUAAAGUGAUACAUUUUUGUAAUGGGUGAUACACAAGAUUUCCUCCUGAGAUGACAUUAAACAAGACUGCAGUGACAUUGGGGAAGGGACUAGAAGUGUAUAACUGAGAGAAUAUCCCACAUUAAUGCAGAGAAAAUAUGUAUAAACUCUAAUUUCAGGGACAGUCCAGUUAUAGAUUUAUAGAAUGAGUAAUUUGUUUGGGAUAUAUAUAUAUAUUUAUGUGUGUGUAGAUACAUAUGUGUACACACACACAAUCAUCCCAACACUUUCCCUGGUUUUCUCCCUUUAAAUUUACACUAUGUGGGAGUUCUGAUGCUGUUCACAGUCAGAAACUAGAUGGUGGCUUAGAUAAGGCUGCUGGUAUUGUCAGAUGCUGGAGUUCCUGGUUUAUAAAUAUCUUCAGGGAAAGCUUUUGACCACAGACACAGAUCUUCCUCUGUACUCAAAAACAUUUGGAAAGAAGAAGAUAUCCAAGAUGAUCUCACAAAAUAAUGAGUGAAGAAACAAAACAGGGUUGUUUUUUUCCCUAGGCUGACCUUGUGUUUGGGAAGUGUCUUGGGUUUUUUCCAGGUAGAUUGUAAAUGUUUUCCAGCUUCUCCAUAAAGUUUAUGGGAGUCCCUCCUGCUCUUGCAGGUGGCCCCUUGUGCUGACUUGCCUGUUAGUGUUUCUUUGGAUGAAACAGUUGGAGAGAUGCACACUGCAACAUGUAUCCCUUGGUAGUACCAGCAUUCCUGGGGUUGUCAGCUGCUGGCAAAAGAUUUGUUACCACCAGAAGAGGAGAAGGGAUACCUAGAGUAAGGCAGCCAGGGUUGUGUAGGACUUGGAAUAUUUCCCCUCGGGUUCUAUGGGUCUCAAAAGAGUUAAAGAACUACUUUGAUCCAAAUCUGCUCUGAGAAAAGGAUGAGCUCAUGCUUCAUCUCAACUGAAAAUUCCCUUCAUCCUACCAUCAAAUUCUGUUGUGACAUUUUUGGAGAGGAUAGAGAAUUCCUCACAGGAAGCAAAAAAGGAUCCAAAAAGGUCAGUGUAGAGUCAAGGACCUAGGCUAUUGUUUUUGCCUCCUAAAACUUCAUGCUCUGAUAUUAUUAUCAAAUGGCAGCAAGUUCCUUUCCAUGUUCUUCUCUAAAAGCAGCCCACCCUUGCUGUCCCUGUCCUCAGCAGCUUGUAUGAGCACUUGGUAUAUCCAGUAUUUAUGGGGAUUAGUUUUACACCUGUGUAAGCUUAGUUGACUGUUAAUGGGCUUCUAGAUCAACAUUAAACUUCCCUCUUCCAGACACUCCUGAGAUCAUUGCAGCAGGAGCAGAGCUCAGGCCUUGCAAACCUUCCUGAAAAAAGGAAAAAAGUUUCCUUACUCUUUCCCUGUAAAUAAUUACAUGGAGAAGACUUGCAUCAGCUUGUGGAACUGUAACCUUUUUUUGUUUUGUUUUGGUUCUGUUUUACUUUUCCAGCCUCAAGUGUCUACUCAGAGAAACUAGAAAGUUCUGGUGCAGUAUCCAACUGACUUGAUGCCAUGCUGGACAUGUCCUCAUUAUUCCAUUUUGAAGAUAAAUCUGAUGCGGUAUUUGAUAUUACAGAAAAAUGUGGUGAAAUUCUGGAUGCAGAGAUGUCUGAGGACGCUGAGCACAACUUGACACCCGCCCUGGACAGCUUGUCUUACGGAGUACCCAACCGAGCAGGAGCUGAGAACUCCCUGCAGGGUGAUGAUCAUGAUUAUUUUCUGAACUCUGGGGAUCUUGCAGGCAUACCUGUUGUUGGGAGUGACAACGAAGAUGAUCAGAAUUUCGCUCCAAAAGACACUCUUUCUUCAGCAAUUCCUGAUGAAGAUCGUCUGGAAGAGGGCAAGAGAGUUCCAGAUCAUGAACUGGACAGUGAAAAAGAAAUUCAGGUUCAGAAUGCUAUCCAGAAGGAUCUCACUUCCCCCUUUGAGCAGGGCCCUGUAUUUAAAUCACUUCGAAAAGAUUUUAGCAUAACACGAGAUAAUGGCAAAGAGACUUUUUCAGCAAAGGACAAGAAUAGAGAAGGACAUUUUCAAGAACGUGAAAAACGGUUGGAAAAAAUCCCUAAAAAUAUGGAUUCUAGAUUGAAAAGCAGUUUUCUUGACAAAGCAGUUCAUAAUCAAGUAGAAGAAACAUUACGGACGCAGUUAGCGCCACAAACUCCAGAAACUAACUUCAGGGAGUCUAGCUACCUAUUUUCUAGUAAGGAAUCUAUUGGACAAGAGCUGGGGAAUUCCUUUGCACCAAAUAUUAGAAUUAAGAAGGAGCCUUUGGAUGACGAAUAUGCUAAAGCUAUGGCCCCACAGCAGGGACUAUUAGACAAAAUUAAAGAUGAACCUGGUAAUUCUGAGGAGUACGGCCAACAGCCAAAAUCUCAGGAAGGGGAGCUGAAAAUCAGUGCUGUAUUUUCAGUCAGUGGCAAUCCUCUUGUUCCACAGCUGUCAUCAGGUUUCCAGCCUGCUGUGGCAUCCUCUGGCAUGAGUAAAAUGCUACCCUCAGUUCCAAGCACAGCUGUUCGGGUUUCCUGUUCUGGCUGUAAAAAAAUCCUGCAGAAGGGGCAAACUGCCUACCAGAGGAAAGGCUCAACCCAGCUCUUCUGCUCCACACUGUGCCUCACUGGAUACACCAUUCCAGCUUCUCGCCCACCAGCUUCUACCAAGAAAACCUGCUCCAGCUGCUCAAAAGAAAUUCUAAAUCCAAAGGACGUAAUCACUGCCCAGUUUGACAACACAGACUUCAGUAAGGAUUUCUGCAGCCAGUCUUGUCUGUCCACAUAUGAACUGAAAAGGAAACCCAUUGUCACUAUCCACACCAACAGCAUUUCCAGCAAGUGCAGCAUGUGCCAGAAGAACGCAGUGAUCAGGCACGAGGUGAAUUACCAGAACGUGGUGCACAAGCUCUGCAGCGACGCCUGCUUCUCGCAGUUCCGCUCGGCCAACAACCUGACCAUGAACUGCUGUGAAUACUGUGGAGGAUACUGCUACAGUGCCUCUGGCCAGUGUCACAUCCUGCAGAUAGAGGGACAGUCCAAAAAGUUCUGCAGUUCCGUCUGUGUGACAGGUUACAAGCAGAAGUCAGCUAAAAUUACACCCUGCACACUGUGUAAAUCUCUGAGAUCUUCAGCUGAGAUGGUGGAGGGCACAAAUAACUUGGGGAAGAUGGAACUGUUUUGUUCUGUUAACUGUUUGUCAGCAUACAGAGUAAAAAUGGUCACUUCUUCAGGUGUUCAAGUUCAGUGCAACAGCUGUAAAACCUCAGCAAACCCUCAGUAUCACUUGGCUAUGUCAGAUGGGAGCAUACGCAAUUUUUGCAGCUACAAUUGUGUAGUAGCUUUUCAGAAUCUGUUCAACAAGCCUGCAGGACUGAACUCCUCGGUGGUGCCCCUGUCUCAGGGCCAGGUCAUUGUGAGCAUCUCCUCGGGGACAGUGGUCUCAGCCACUGGCACCACCUCAACUGUGUCCCCCAGCUCCACGAGCACCCCAGCUGCAGCAGGGCUCCAGAGGUUGGCUGCCCAGUGCCAGCAGGUCACCUUUACCCGUUCUGUUGUGAAAAUCAAGUGUCAGCACUGUAACAGAUCAUUUGCCACCAAACCAGAACUGCUUGACUACAAGGGUAAAAUGUUCCAGUUCUGUGGGAAGACCUGCUGUGAUGAGUAUAAGAAGAAGGGCAAUAUGACGGCCUUGUGUGAAUACUGCAGGUUUGAGAAAAUUAUCAAGGAGACAGUGAGAGUCUCAGGCAUAGAUAAAUCAUUCUGUAGUGAAGUUUGUAAACUGCUCUAUAAACACGACUUGUCUAAGCGUUGGGGAAACCACUGUAAAAUGUGCAGUUACUGUUUACAAACUUCCCCCAAACUGGUCCAGAAUCACUUUGGGGGAAAAACGGAGGAAUUUUGCUCAGAGGAGUGCAUGUCUAAAUUCACUGUUUUGUUUUACCAGAUGGCAAAGUGUGAUGGUUGUAAGAGACAAGGUAAACUCAACGAGUCCAUAAAAUGGCAAGGGGAGAUGAAGCAUUUUUGCAAUCUGCUCUGUAUUCUGUUGUUCUGUAAACAGCAAGGUGCUCCUGACCCUUCACUCCCAAACAACACAGCAAACCUUUCCAUGGCACCAGCCUCCUCCUCAGGCCCUCCUUCUUUAAGAAAGGACUCAACCCCUGUCAUAGCAAACGUGGUGUCCCUUGCAAGCACCCCAGCUGCCCAGCCUACUGUUAACUCCAACAAUGUUUUACAGGGUGCAGUUCCUACUGUGACAGCAAAAACAAUAGGAGAUGCAAGUACCCAGACAGAUGCCCUAAAGCUCCCAUCAUCAAAACCACCCAGGCUUCUGAAAAACAAAGCUUUAUUGUGUAAGCCAAUCACCCAGACUAAGGCCACCUCCUGCAAACCUCACACACAAAACAAAGAAUGCCAGACAGAAGGAGAAGAAGCACCUCCUCAGCCCCAGAUCAUUGUGGUACCUGUUCCUGUACCAGUGUUUGUGCCAGUGCCCCUCCACCUCUACACCCAGUACACACCAGUUCCCCUGGGAAUGCCAGUCCCUGUCCCAGUUCCCAUGCUCAUCCCAACCACCCCGGAUAAUGCUGAUAAGAUCAUUGAAAACAUUCAGGAAAACAAGGAGAAGAUUUCCAUUAAUCCAUUUGAAGCUGAUCUCCUUCAGAUGGCAGAAAUGAUCGCAGAAGAUGCAGAGAGAGAAAAAACACACUCUCAUGGUGGAUCUCAAACAUCCGAGCACGAGCUCUUCCUGGACCCCAAGAUAUUUGAGAAAGACCAGGGCAGCACGUACAGUGGAGAUCUGGAGUCAGAAGCAGUGUCCACCCCACACAGCUGGGAGGAGGAGUUGAAUCACUACGCCUUACGAUCCAAUGCCCUGCCAGAACCUGAUCCAGAACUCAAGCAGUUCUCCAAAGGUGAUGUGGAACAGGACCUGGAGGCAGAUUUCCCAUCAGACUCAUUUGACCCUCUCAGUAAAGGACCGGGUUUGCAUUCACGUUCACGGGCAAGACGGAGACACAGGGAUGGCUUCCCCCAGCCAAAAAGAAGGGGACGGAAGAAGUCUGUGGUUGCUGUGGAGCCCCGGAGUCUGAUGCAGGGCUCCUACCCUGGCUGCUCUGUUUCUGGGAUGACCCUGAAGUACAUGUAUGGGGUAAAUGCCUGGAAAAACUGGGUCCAAUGGAAAAAUGCACAGGAGGAGCAAGGGGACCUGAAGUUUUCAGUUCAUCCUGUGAAGCUCAAGGAGGACAUUCUCUCAUGCACAUUUGCUGAGCUGAGUUUUGGCUUGUGCCAGUUUAUUCAAGAGGUGCGGAGACCAAACGGAGAAAAAUACGACCCUGACAGCAUCUUAUACUUGUGCCUUGGAAUUCAGCAGUACCUGUUUGAGAAUGGUAGAAUAGAUAACAUUUUCACCGAGCCCUAUUCCAGGUUUAUGAUUGAACUCACAAAACUUUUGAAAAUCUGGGAACCUACAAUUCUUCCAAAUGGUUAUAUGUUCUCAAGAAUUGAAGAGGAACACUUGUGGGAAUGUAAGCAGCUGGGUGCAUAUUCCCCCAUCGUUUUGUUGAACACUCUUCUGUUCUUCAACACCAAAUACUUCCAACUAAAGAAUGUCAGUGAGCACCUGAAACUGUCCUUUGCCCACGUUAUGAGGCGCACCCGGACUCUGAAGUAUAAUACUAAGAUGACAUAUUUACGUUUUUUCCCACCCUUUCAAAAACAAGAGGUAGAAUCAGAUAAAUUAUCAGUAGGCAAAAGGAAACGCAGUGAAGAUGAGGAGGUUCCAACAGCAGUGGAGAUGGCUGAAAACACAGAUAACCCCCUCCGGUGCCCAGUCCGACUCUAUGAAUUCUACUUAUCAAAAUGCUCUGAAAGCGUGAAGCAGAGGAGUGAUGUGUUCUACCUGCAGCCCGAGCGCUCCUGUGUUCCCAACAGCCCCAUUUGGUAUUCCACAUUGCCAAUAGACCCAGGAACCUUGGACAUCAUGUUAACAAGGAUUCUUAUGGUGAGGGAGGUACACGAAGAACUUGCCAAAGUCAAAUCAGAGGACUCUGAUAUUGAGUUAUCAGACUAA